AUGGGGAGAAGAGGCCGCCGUGGUUUUGCUGUAUGCAUGCCUUCGGCGCUUCAUACAGGGCAUCGGCCGCCACCGCCUCAAGCAGCAGCAGCAGCAGCAGCAGCAGCAGCAGCAGCAGCAGCAGACUGGAAUUUAGCUUCAGAAGCAGAGAGAGAAGCAGCAGACGCAGCAGCAGCAGCAGCAGCAGCAGCAGCAGCAGCAGUGCUGCCGCUGGGGCCUAGAGGCCGCAAAGGUAGAUUUUCUAAGAAAGCAAUCGCCAGUUUCAACACAGCAGCAGCAGCAGCAGCAGCAGCAGCAGAAGCAGUAGCAGUAGCAGGGCAGCAUACAAACAACACAGAAAACACCAUGGAUGCAGCAGCAAGAAGAGAAGCUGCUGCUGCUGCGGAUGAAACUGCAGCAGCAGCAGCAGCAGCAGCAGCAGCAGCAGCAGCAGCAGCUGAUGUAACAUCAGCACCAUCGGGGUCACCAGAAAGCAGCCUCAGCAGCAGACAGCUGCGUCGGCAGCAGAUUACUGCUGCUGCUGCUGCUGCUGCUGCUUUUCCUCGCAGCGAUGAUGGAGACAGACAGCAGCCAGCAGCAGCAGCAGCAGCAGCAGCAGCAGCAGCAGCAGCAGAUGAGGAGAAUGAAGCACAAACAGCACGAAAGCUUCAGAAGCUGCUGCUACAGGUAACCGUUCUGACAGAGAAGCAGCAGCAGCAGCGGCAGCAGCAGCAGCAGGUGAUGUUGCUGCAGCAGCAGCAGAUGAUGUUGCUGCAGCAGCAGAAACUGUCAGGUGAUGUUGCUGCAGCAGCAGCAGAUGAUGUUGCUGCAGCAGCAGAAACUGUUGAAGCAAGAGGAAUUGAAGCUGUACUAGCAGCAGCAGCAGCAGCAACAGCAGCGUUGGCGCCGGCAGAGAGCCCAGCGGCAAACAUAGAUGCAGCAGCAGCAGCAGCAGCAGCAGAAGAAGCUGCAGCAGCAGCAGCAGAAGAGGCUGCAGCAGCAGCAGCAGCAGAGCAGGCUGCAGCAGCAGCAGCAGAAGAGGCUGCAGCAGCAGCAGCAGAAGAGGCUGCAGCAGCAGCAGCAGAAGAGGCUGCUGCAGCAGCAGCAGAAGAGGCAGCAGCAGCAGCAGCAGAAGAGGCAGCAGCAGCAGCAGCAGAAGAGGCUGCAGCAGCAGCAGCAGAAGGCAGGCUGCAGCAGCAGCAGCAGAAGAGGCAGCAGCGGCAGCAGCAGAACAGGCUGCUGCAGCAGCAGCAGAGCAGGCUGCAGCAGCAGCAGCAGAAAAGGCUGCAGCAGCAGCAGCAGAACACGCUGCAGCAGCAGCAGCAGAAAAGGCUGCAGCAGCAGCAGCAGAAAAGGCUGCAGCAGCAGCAGCAGCAGCAGCAGCAGCAUCAGACUGUGCUGCAGCAGCAACCCCACCAGCAGCAGCAGCAGCAACACCACCACCAUCACCACCCGUAG